AUGACCUCAAUCUCCAAGGAGUACUACCAGAUUCUGCUGUCCCAGAGCAUUUGCAGCGCCACAGGCUGCUCGUUCCUCUUCUACGCACCAAUCGCCGCCCUCGGCACCUGGUUCCGCGUCCACCGUGCCCUCGCCUUCGGCAUCGUCACCGCCGGAUCUAGUCUUGGCGGUGUCGUCUUGCCCAUCAUGGUGGAUCGCCUCGUCGUGCGUGUCGGCUUUGGCUGGGCCAUGCGGUCUACGGCGUUUUUGUUUCUCGGACUGCUCGUCAUUGGCAACCUAACAAUCAAGUCGAGACUGCCUCCGCCGCGGAAGAAGUUUUCCAUGAUGGAAUUUGUGACGCCUUUUGCCGAGCGACCUUUCUUGCUUCUCACCGCGGCUGCAUUCAUGAUCUACUUGGGUGCCUUCUUGCCGUUUACCUUUAUCAUCGUGCAGGCCAAGACGGAAGGCAUGUCGACGGGACUGGCCGACUACUUGGUCUCCAUCAUGAAUGCUGCAUCCACAUUUGGUCGUAUCCUCCCCGCUCACCUGGGCGAUCGCUAUGGCGUCUUCAAUGUCAUGAUCCUCCUUACCGUCUUCGGUGGCAUCGUCACCCUGGCCAUUUGGUUGCCCGCGGGCUCCAAUGCACCGCUGAUUGUCUACGGCGCAUUGUACGGCUUCGCCUCUGGGUGCUUCCUGUCCAUUGUUCCCGCCAUGGUGGCAUCCAUUUCGGACAUUCGCAAGCUGGGCACACGCACCGGUUCGCUCUAUGCGGUGGCCUCUAUCGGCGUCCUGAUCGGGAGCCCCAUCGGUGGCGCCAUCGUCAAUGACCAGGCUGGACAUUUCUCCGGCACGAUUGUGUUCUGUGGGGUGUCGCUUCUGCUAGGAUCAGCGUUGGCGAUUAUGUCAAGACACGCCUUGGUGGGUUUUGGGUUGAAGAAGAAGGUGUAG